AACUUCAAAAUGUUCUGAUGUCAGCUUUGUCGGUUGUAUUUUUUGGUGACAUGUCUCUCUUCUCAUUGGGUUUUUUUUUUAGAAAUUUCAUUCAUAUUUACUGAUAUUUGUUGGACUUCGAUUAUACCUGUCAAAAUGACAUAGGUACAUGAACACAUGCACACACACACAUGACUUCUGACAUAUGUGGACCAGAAAACCUAAAGACUAUAAGCAGCAUUAUGAGGCAUAGCCAUCCAGUUGAUAUGAUUGGAUGGCUGAAGAAGCAGGUGGGCUAAAUUUUGACUUAAAGAGUCAUUUUGCAUGUGAUUUCUGAGCCAGUUGGUUAAAAUUAAAAAAAACUUUAUCUCUGACUUUACAUUUCUUUUUGUUAGAAUAUGUUGUUGUGGGAACCGGGUCCAUAUCUGGACCCGGUUCUAUGGGGCGCGGGUACCGAGGCGGACUCGGUACCCUAGGCGGCUUCUCCUCUCUCCCUCUAUAUAUUGUCACUUAUGUGUAAGUGUUGAAUUAAGUGGAAUAACAUUUUCUCUCUCCUAGGGUUGCGGUUGUGCACCUAGGUUAGAGCUUCUCCGUGGUUUUUCACCUCUCUUUGAGGUUUUCCACGUAUAUUGUGUGUUCCUUCUCUUUCUCUCCAUCUUGGUGUGUGUUUCUACAUGGUAUCAGAGCCAACGCGUGAGAGAUCGUUGGUGUGAUAGUCGUGUUUCCGCUGUUUUUUUGCCGCUGCGGUUUCCUCCGGGUUUUUUUCUCUGCCGCUGCUGCGUCGUCGCUCUCUGCUGCGCCGCCGCCAUCCAGCGCUGCCAGCUGCGCCGCCACCGUCCAGCGCUGCCAGCGGCGCCGCCACCGUCCAGCGCUGCCAGCGGCGCCGCCACCGUCCAGCGCUGCCAGCGGCACCGCCAUCGUCCGGCGCGGUUGUUCUCUGCUGCGUUGCCGCUGUCCAUCACUGCCGUUGCCCACUUCAGCGCCGCCGCCGUCCCGCGCCACCGCUACCCAUCGCCGUCGCCGUCCAUCGUUCCCAGCGCCGCCCAGGAACGUCGCCGCCUGCCUUCCGUAGCCGCUGCCUCAUUCCCGUCGCCUCUGCCUAGUUCUCGCCGCUGUGCCUCUUGUUGCUGUGUGCGUGUUUGUGAUGGCAGACGCGAUGGGGACUCAAAAAGAUGCUGUUCUUGACGCGGGCAGCGCUUCCAAGACUGAGAACGUGCCGAUCCAGGUCACCUCCAUCCGUCUGACCAAGGACAAUUACCUAUCUUGGUCUGCCGCUCUCGAGAUUGGGAUUACUAGCCGUGGGCGUCUCUCUUACAUCACUGGCGACAAACCUGCGCCCAUCAAAUCUGAUCCUCAUUGGGCAACGUGGGCGUUGGAGGACAGCCAAGUGAAGGUAUGGAUUAUCAGCUCCGUGUCCUCCGAUAUCCAGCCCCUCAUUCUGCGGAAGCCGACCUCUUUUGAUAUGUGGACUGUGCUUGCGAAGAUGUAUGGUCGCAAGAAGAGACAUCUGCGUACCUAUCAGAUUAAACGCAGUAUUUACUCCCUGACACAGGGUGAUUUGUCUGUUGCUGCCUUCUAUGCUGCCCUGAAGACCAAAUGGGAGGAGCUAGAUUAUCAUGUGACUGAGGAGUGGAAGUGCGGUUCAGAUCAUUCCCUCUACUGGGAAAAGGAAUGGAUGGACCGUACGUUUUUGUUUCUGGGAGGCCUGCGGGAUGAAUUUGAGUCUAUUCGUAGCCAGAUUCUUAAUGGUGAUGAAAUUCCGGGGAUAGAGGAAGUAUAUGCCCGAGUUGAGUCUGAAGAACAACGUCGCCAGGUGAUGCAUCUUGACACCGGUCAUGGCCCUUCUGCCUUUGUCAGCCGUGCCUCUGGGACUGGGCAGCGUCCUGCCCGGCAUUGCACUCAUUGCAACAAGUUGGGGCAUUCGGUGGAUUUCUGUUGGGAUCUUCAUCCCGAGAAGAGACUGGUCAGAGGUCGUCCUCCCUCUGGCAAGCGUAGCCCUUCUGUGUCUGAUUCCAGUCAGAGCAAUUCUUCUAGUGGUGCAAAGUCCAAGCUGUCCCCUGCUCAACUCAAGGAGCUACAGGCAUACAUCAGCCGCCUAUCUACUACCCCUGAGGAGUCCUCCACGUCUGAAGGGGCUCAGCUAGCCCAAGCCCUCGUUGCCUCGACUGAUCAAGGACUUGGUGACGGGGAAGAAGAUUUGGAUUGGUUCGGUUACUGAUGGGCUCUACAGAUUGCCGGUACAAGUUGCUUCAGCAUUGAUUUCUGCC